GUCGGCGCUGCGCACUGCUGCCCGCCGGAGCUGGGCCGCCCGGGAUCGCGCCGCGGGCACUGCGCACACCCCCGAGGCAUGAGGCCGCCGCAGGGCAGGGCGAGGCGGCGGCGGGUGGUAAAGCUGCUCCUGCAACUUCAGCACUGAGCUCAUGGGGCUUUAAUUUUCACGUGCUAGGUACCUACUGUGGCUGCCCGCUUCAGCGCUCAGCUCUGCUGCACUGAAGAGUGAGGACUGAGUCCAUCAAAGGCUCCUGCAGCUGAGCUCCUGCCGGCUGUGCAAAUAACUGACCAGCUUCUUAGAAGAUGGUGUUUGUUCCUACUUGAAGCUGCCAUUUGGGGAACAGAAGAAGAAUGUGGACGAAUCCAAACCUUCGCUGCCUUUUAGCUCUAGCUUUUUUAUGUUUAACAAGCUUAGUGCAUAGUCGAGAGAUAGGUUCUCAAGGGGACCCCCAGAAUUUAAAAUGUGUCACGCACAAUUUACAUAAAAUGGUCUGUACUUGGGAGAUCUCAUCUGAAAGAAGACAUGGACAAACUGAGUUUUGUUACGCUACAGAGUGUUUUAAAACUAAGGAGGAGAGAGUCGAGAUUCCAGUCCCAGAGAGCUCCACCACUGUGAAAAUAACCACAUACAGCAUUUCUGGAACAGCUUUUGCUACUAGACAUUUUGAAAUUCACAAGAAAGACAUCUCAUUUGUUCCACUCGCUCCACGCAUUCUUAGUUUAACACCUGACUUUUCAACUUUCACAUUAACUCUGAAGUGGAGUGAUAAUGGAUCAGCCUUCCCAUAUGGACUGGAUGCCUCUUGGGAGAUUGAGGUACUCCGGAAUGGAAACAAUGUCACACGAGAAACUUACAAUUCAAAACUGAUCCAUGAAGACAUCAUUCAUUCUUGGAACUGGAAGUCAGAUAUGCCUUUGGAAUGUACAUCGCAUCAUGUGAGGAUUCGCCAUUAUAUUAAUAUAACACAAUUUGAUGGCCCCAAGGAUUGGAGUGCCUGGAGCCGAGUAGUAGUUCCUGGAAAAGAUACUGAGCCCAGUGGAAGUGGACUUUUUCCUCAGGACACUGUGGUGGCAGUGGGUUCAAAUGUGACAUUUUGUUGUGUCCAUAAAGAAGGACAGCAGAUACAACGGAUGUCAUAUGGAGCAAAAGAUUACCCACUAAUACGUCUGAGCAGUCGAAGCAGUGCAAUCAGAGUGCUAAAUGCCAAUGCUUCAAGUGCCAGUGGGACAAAUAUAGUGUGCACAAUGUCUGAAGAUUGGAUGGAUGGAGCUGUCUUGUUUGUAGGAUAUGGCCCUGAUACUCCCAAAGGCCUGAGCUGUGAAACAUCCAACUUUGUGAUAAUAAAAUGCACCUGGAAACCAGGUAGAGCCACUGGACUAUACAAAGCACGAGGAACAAAGUACAGUUUAACUGAAAGUAUAUCUGGUAAAAAUGUUUCCUGUGAAGUAAAUGAAAUGAAGAAAAAGCAUGUUUGUGGCUUUCCAGUUCUGGCUGAUCAGAAAACCUACAGUUUCAUAUUAGGAGCUUCCAAUCCCAUUGGACAAACAGAGGCAUCACUUUUGGUUGAUUUAAAUCAGAGAGUUAAUCCAGAAACUCCAGAGAAGUUAACUGCUUCUGGGAACAGCUCCACAAGUGUCCAUCUGCGUUGGUUUAUAAAUGGCAGCUUUGCUGAGAUCAGGCUUCUGUGUGAAAUAGAAAUCAGCAGUGGCCACUCUGAGCAAAAACUGCACAAUGUCUCCAUGCCUGGUGGGAAGUUCUCAAAUUACACAGCUCAGCUGAAUGCAUUGCACCCAUACACCAAAUACCAGUUCAGGGUGCGCUGUUCAGCUGCUGACCACUUCUGGAGAUGGAGUGACUGGAGUGGGACAUUGGAAUACACAACGUUGGAAGCCCCUCCUACCAGAGGACCAGAUAUCUGGAGAGAGAGAAGUCCUUCUGGAAAAAGUCUAAGAAUCUUCUGGAAGCCCUUAUCCCUUUCUGAAGCCAAUGGAAAAAUUGUGUCUUAUGAAGUGUCCUGCUACCUGCUAGAGAAAUCACUGGAGUAUAAAGAAGUCAUGGAGCCCUCAAACAGUACUGAGAUAAAACUUGGAAGAAAUGACUGUGUAAUUAGCGUUGUAGCCAAAAAUCAUGCCGGCUCAUCUCCUCCUUCAAGGAUAACAAGCGUUGAACUUCCAAGUGACAAUGUCAAAACAGAUCGAGCUGUGGCAAUGGGAAAUGGAAUUUAUAUUUCUUGGAAUUCUUUCCCGAACAUGACCUGUGGCUAUAUAGUAAAAUGGUGUCAUUCAUCUGGGUCGGAACCCUGCAGUGUGGACUGGCAGAAAUUUCCUUCAAAUACAACAGAUGCAGUGAUAAAAUCUGCUCUGUUCAGACCUGGCGUGCGGUACAACUUCUCACUAUAUGGCUGCAAAUCCAGUGGAUAUCAGUUACUGAAAAACAUAACUGGGUAUAUGAAAGAGCUGCCUCCAAAACGUGCACCAAAUUUUACUGUAGAGGAAACUUCUUCAGAUUCAAUAUUGGUAAAGUGGGAAGACAUGUCUAUUGAAGAUUGUCAGGGGUUUUUAGAAGGAUAUCGGCUUUCCUUUGCAAAAGGUGAAAAAGAUGCCUUAAGGCCUAGGCUUUUGGAAUCAGGGAAUCCAGAACUUAAAGUUAAGAAUAUCACUGACUUAACAAAAAAGUCUUUGAAAAUACUUGAUCUUCAAGGCAAAACAAGUUACCAGCUAGACCUACAAGCCUACACCGCUGGUGGGUUGAGCCCUCCAAACAGCCUCUAUGUAGUGACAAAGGAAGACUCUGUAGGACUAAUCAUUGCAAUUCUCUUCCCUGUGGCAGUGGUUUUUCUGCUUGGAGUUGUGACAAGCAUCUUUUGCUAUAGAAAAAGGGAAUGGAUCAAAGAAACGUUUUAUCCAGAGAUCCCAAAUCCUGAGAACAGUAAGGCACUGCAGUUUCAGAAGAACAUCUGUGAGGGGAAUAAGUCACUUAAAACACUGGAAAUGAAUCCCUGUACCCCGAAUACUGUUGAAGUGGUGGAAACACAGUCUGCAGCUCCCAAAAUCGAAGACACUGAGAUGAUGUCCACAACAACAGAUACCAUUGUGCCUGAAGAUGGAUCUGACUCAGAAACAGAAAACCACGUUGUUGUGUCCUACUGCCCCCCUAUCAUUGAAGAGGAAAUAUCAAAUCCCACUAUGGAUGAACCUGUGGGGUUAUCUCAGGUGGUUUACAUUGACAUUCAAUCAAUGUAUCAGCCUCAAAUUAAACCAGAAGAGGAGUCAGAAAUAGACUUAGUGACUACCGCGGGCUAUAAGCCACAAAUGCAGCUGCCUGUCAGUGCUCUGAAAAUAGAAAGUCGCACACCUGCCGAAGAAGAAUCAGAUAAAACAGCAGGUUACAGACCUCAAGCAAACACAAAUGCCUGGAACAUGGACACUCCAGACUCUCCUGGAUCAGUUGAAAGCAACAAUGAAAAUACAUCUUUUGGGAGCCCAUGCUCCAUUAAUUCCCGACAGUUUCUGCUUCCCCCAAAAGAUGACGAAGACUCUCCCAAGCCCAGUAACACAGGGUGGUCCUUCACACACUUUUUUCAGAACAAGCCAAAUGAUUAACAGUGAGUCGUCAUUGCACCUGAACCUGCCUUCUAAAUAAGCUCUUAUUCCUGAUGUUGUAAAGACAGGAUGAAAAAAAGUGCUAAAAGCAUGUGUUAUUCUUGGAGACAGUCAGCAGAGGUUCUAGUAAGCUGAAUGUUACUAUGUUUAAGUUAGUGAAAGUGUUGAUGUUCCAUUUUAAUAGAGGCUGAUGCCAGAAUUAUAGCAAUUUAGUUAUUACUGUAGUAAAAUAUAUUGGAUAUAAGCGGUAUUGAGUUUAGAUCUGAUAAAUAUAGUCAAAGAACUCUGCCUACCUUCAGAUAGUGUUUGAAGGCUAAUAUGAUUUCAUACAACUCAUAACUUGGAAAGAUUGCUUUGCUUUGUUGUAGUUGUUCUCAACCAUGCAUACUCAAAUGGUGUAGUCCCAACAGGUAUGCUCGCUUGAAGAUUUCAUUUACUGAAAACUUCAGCCUAAUGUUUGGUAAGGGUAUGGUUGGAAACUCUUGAGAUCUUUCACCUAGUGAUAAACUAACAACAAAUCAAAGUUCUACUUUUCUCCCAUAUGAAAAGGUAUUGUCAACUGUUUAACACUUUUGAAGCGAUGGUCAUUCAAAUCUGUUGCUUUUUAACUAGACACUAGUUUCUGUACCUACUGUACAAUGUUUAUUCAAUGUUUGACUCAGGGGUACAAACUUGGGAAAAAAGUGUAACACUGAUUUAAACCUCAACAAGAACUGCAUGAAGUUAAAAAAAAAAAAAAAAAAAAGAAAGAAAAGAAAAACAACCCUAGAAUACUCUAUACUUUUUCUGUCCUUUGGUUAAGGAGUUAAUAUUUCUUGAUGUAUUGCACUAAUGCAUUUUGUAUUUUAUAGUUUGAGCUCCAGAUCUUCUGCGUCAAAGUCAUUCUCUAUUCCAUUCCCUCACAGUAUUCAGGAGUCUUUGCAUUAUGCAGUUAUGUGAGCCAUGGGGAAAUCUCUGACCACUGACAGUAGUUGUCCAAGCCAUUUGGCACCAGAAAUCAGAUGUAGUACUACAGCUCCGUGAGAACAAAUUGCUCUUUGGAUGGUCUUCAUUAUGUUAGCUCUGCUACCUGCUGCCUGGCUGUUCUCCACAUUGUCCACCCAACAGGACCUUUUCCUACAAAUCCUAUCUAGGAGUGCAAAGGGGGAUUUCUGCAGUGGCAGAAACUUUUAAGAGGUUUUAUGGCCACUAAUUCUACCUCUCCUUUACUAGACAUGUGAUGCAAAGAUAAAUGAUUAAAUGUUGUAAAUUUGUAUGCUUAAAGAAGUUUUCAGAACAAUCAUCUUUGAUUUUUUUUUUUUCAUGUAUGCAUCUAUAGGCAACUGUAAUUGUGGUAUUUCACUGUGUAAAUUUCCAACUGUAGCACACUGAGUUUCACUAGCUUACAAUACAAAGUGCUUUCUAACAUACCUAUUCCAUAUUGUAAAACACAGUGAAGAGAGGUCAGAUCUUGUGCUUGACCAAAAAGGGUCUCCAUAAAGUCCUAACUAAAUCUUUGUGUAGAUCUCAAUUUCCUGAACCAGUUUGUGGCAUUUGAAAAAAAUAAGAUGGAUGGAUGGAUUUCAAACUGAGAUAUAUAACAGAUAAGGAGGCUGGAUUGACUAAGCUGCUAGCUGUAAUGGUGUGAGCACAGACCAGAAGGGUGGCUUUAGCAGAUGUUUGAUCUACAGAACCACAUAACCUGGCCAUCAAAGUAAAACCAAGCAUUAGGUUAAACCUAGUCACUGCAACGGGUGCUGCAGUUUCAGAUACUGACAUGUCUCUGCCAUCUCCAUAGAAUGAAAACACGGAAGGAUUUCAAAGCUGGCAGAACACUAAAGGCAAAACACUAAGUAGUUUCCAAAUCAUAAUCACUAACAACUGUAUAUGACUUCUGGAAGAGUUUAGAUAUGUUUGCGGGCCUGAGAGAAUACACACUCUGUCUGAAGAAUGGAAAGUGCAGAUAGGAUUCUGCUCUAGAGGAUGAAUUCUGGAAUGAACAGUGCUGCAAAUGAAAAGUAAGGCAGCGUGAAUAGCUGGUGUCCAUCUGUCACCAGGCGUGCCUACAAGAGAAAGUUUCAUGCCUAACCCAUUACUGCUUGUUAUUCAGAACACUAAAUUAAUACAUAAAAGGAAGCAGUUCUACUCCUUGUGCCUGAUAGCUAGGCAGCAAUUGUGUCCUAAUAGUAGCAGGGUUUUUUUUUAUUUUAUUUUCUAUGUGCAUUUAUGUCCUAAUGAAUUUUAGAUUGUGCUGACAUAUGCUUUUAACUGAAAGCAGAAGGUGUUUAGAACAGAGGGCAUGGAUAGUGGUUUGUCAUGUUUUUGUUUAGUGGAGCAGUUUCUCCAUACAGAGGAGCAGUUACUGUUAUAUGAAGAUCCAUAGGAAAAGGGAAAACUCUGUAGGAAAAUAGCUGAUCUCAGAGAAUAACAGUGCUUUCUUAUGGUUGUAUUUUGCAAGAAGCAACACCAAACCCAAGUCUGGCAGUUUUUAACUUGGCAGACUGGAAGCCGGAGUGACCAGGCAGCACUCAAAGCUCACAGGGGGCAACCUAAUACCCCUGGCAGUGCUCUCGAGGAGAAUCGGUUCAACACAAGUAUCACAUAUUCAAGUUUUCCUUCAUGUUGGUCUUCAUUUUCAGGAAAAGCAAAAUCAUUCUGUAUUGCUUUAUUUCACAAUGAUUGGGUAGUAGAGACUUCCCCUAAUAUAGGGUUGUCUUUAAUGUAACCAAAGCACUCUCACUUAAUUAUCCACUGCUAUUUUUUUUUUUUAACAUUAUUUGAUUUGUGUUCCAAUUUCCAGGAUGUAGGGUAGAACAGUCCCAUUAAGAGCAAAGGCUUACCAUAUUUUUAACCUUGUAGCCCUCCAGUGGGGCUUCACCUGUACGCUACCAGUGAGGACUCCUUUCAGAUGUCUGUCUUAAAUCUUCUGCAGCAAAUCCAAAUACUGUAUUAGUGAAAGGAUAUGUGCUUAUUUAGUGUCCAUGCAAAGACACCCCUCGGUGUGGGUGUGUUGCGCAGUAAAAAUGAACAACAAGGACCAUCAGAGAAUAGACUUUCUUUUUGAGCCCAAGUGAUUUGUUAAACCAAUGAAGCAUGUUUAAGAAAGUCUUCCAUACCAAAAGCACUUUCAAAGCAUGGUGCUGUUUAACCUCUAGAUGUAUUGAUGUCAAUUGUGAGACUGAAACUUUGGGCUUCAAAGGAGAUCAGACUCCUUGUACUUGUGCCUUUGGGCUUCCCAGUGAGUCUCUGUGGUCAAAUUAGGUGUGAGUGAAACCCCAUCCCUUUGUUUUUGAAAGAUCUAUUAGGAAGCUAGAUGUAAUGCAUUUUCAUCAUUUUCUGAAAGAUCUUUUCCCUUUAUUGAACAUCUAUUUUGUUUUAAUUCUUUAGGCUUUUUGCUUUUUUUUCCCUUAGAAAAAUAGGAAAGUAAAAAAUGGGAAAAGAAAAAAAAAAUUCCAGAAGGGUUCUGAGUAGAAGAGCUUUUGUACAAAACACCUCACUCCUAACUCAGUGCUUCAAUCCUCUGAUGCAAUCAGUGUCCAGAGAUGUAGGGUGCCAGUGUCAAGCUGUUUCUUUCUGAAGCAAGUCACCAGUGUUGCUGCUUUUUAUUUUGAGCCAUGCCUGUCAUAUGUGACAAUUGCGUUUGGUUUUUGUUAUGAUUUUUAGUACUGCUCAUUUCAUGCAUGGAACAUUGGCCAUGUCUGAUGUAACAUCAUGCACUAUUCUAUUUGACUUGUUCUUUAUUUUUGUUGUUCUGACUGACAUACAGGAGCAUACUUGGGAUCUUGAUUUUGUGUGUUAAAUUCUGGAGUUGUAAAUUUGAAUGUGAUAUACCUCACAGAACUACUAGUAAAUAUUUCAACAAAAUAGUAAGCUAAUAUUACGGAUGGGCAGUGAAUUAUCUCCCUUGCUAUGUGGUGGCUGCAAAUGCAGACUUAGGACCCAAUCAGUGGUAUUUGCUGUUGUUGCUGACUCUAUUAUCCAUAGUUGCUGCUUAAAUGGAUGAGCUGUUUCUGAAAGGAAAUCAGUAGCCAUGUCAUCCAUCACAACACAAUUGGCAAAUGCAACACGUUUCUUCACCUUUGAUUUACGAGGGGGACCAGAACUUUCCUUUGCUGGGCACACAGCAGUAGUGUGCUACUGCUCAACUCAAGUUUCAGGCUGCUCUGAAGGGGCACAUUCAAGUCUCUUCUCUCCUUUUUUGUUUUUGACAAGUUCAGCAGGAUAAAAUUAGAGCUGAAGGCAGUGAGAUUCCUUCUUAUACUGUCCUCCACACUCAAUAGAACAUAAAUGGUAGCAAAACUGAGGGUAACUGGAUUUGUUGGAGGGAGAAGGUAUUUGAAUAUCACUAUUAAAAGGUGACGAGAAAUUGUAUCCUCUAUUUUUAGACAGUAAUUUCUUUGUAAAUAGCAUACUUGUAUCUACAAGUAGAUAAAAAUACAGUAAAAGAUUUGAAAUACGCAGGAUAAAAAAAAUGUAAUAUUUCAAGAAUCAAGUUGCUAACAAGGCUCUGUACCAUAAAUCUAUCAAGAACUUCCCAUCUAAAUAGCAUCCUUUGCUCUGCCACAGGCUUUGAUGAAGACUUCAAAUCAAAUGGCAUCAGAAUUUUUAACACUAAGUAAGGUCCUAACUUUUCAUGCAAAUAUGUGAUAGCAGCAUUAUGUACCUAGGUGUGUAUUGGCUUACAAUUCCCAAAGCAUGUUUUUUCAGAGCCCUGUACUUGAGGAUAUGCCUUAGGAAGUGCAGUUUCGCUUAGGGGAAAUGGCUGCCAUCUGCACUCCUCCCAGCGUCCUACGCCGAGUUCGUGCUGUUGUGCAUUUAGCAGUGACCUGCGUGACUGAUGUUUAGAGAUGCUGUCAGCACAUCUGCUGAUUUGUUGUUGAAUUCUUCUUUGACUUGUCAUUAGCAAGCCUGAGAAUACAUUCUCCGGCCCCAAAUGUUGCAUACAGAGGUUGAGGAACAUUGGAGUGUUUAAAAGCUCAUUUCCUCAUGCCUCUCCUAAAUUUUUAAAUAUCUUCUUAGAGGCUGGAAAACAGUUUCUUCCAUAACAGUUUUUUUCCCCUCCUCCAUCAUUUAUAUAACUCUGGAUUUUCCCCCGUGUUUCUACGAUAGUGUUUAUUUCCUUUUUGCACAUUAUGCAAACAAACCUCAAAUGAUAUUGGCAGGGUUUUCUGUAACUUUACAAGUUGUCCCAGUGUGCACAACAAUGCUUUUUUUGUUUCCCCCCCACAAAAAUGUCUGUCAACUCCUCUCACUCUUCCAACAAAAGAAAGUCUACAGAAAAUAUUUGUGGACUGAGCUUCACCAGGAAGUUCAGCAGCUGAGUUGGUCAGUGAGCAGGAUGCUGCAAGGGAUCCUUCACCAGUCUCACCCUCUCUUUGUGUCUGGGUGAUGCCAUGGUGAGCCAGAGUAAUCAGCAUCCUCAUCUUUUACUGGGUUCCCUAACAACGUCUCUAGGGAGGAUUUUGAAUAGUCCCAAAUCUGCACUUCGACUGGUGUUACCGGAAAGCAGGCUGCUGAGGAAGUAGAAGCACAGGUUCCAUGAGCACUCUACCAGCCACACAUUUCAAUAACUUUGCAACUCAUUUGGUUUAAUGUGCAAAUUGUAGUGCCCAGAGGGUGAAGUUUAACCAGAGGCUACAUAAAAAUUGAAUGUUUUCAUUUUCCUUUUUUGGGCUGAGAAAAACUCAAAAAACUCGAAGUGGGCAGAGUAAAAUAGACGCCUGUAAAGUCUCAUGCCUUUUAGUAGUAAUACAAAUACAGAUACAAAACAAUCCUCAAACUUCACCAUGACAGGGUUUCCUUAAUGUGAUUUAAAGUGGCUUAGGGUGAACAAUACUGUAAGCUUUGUAGCCUCUCAGAUGGCCAAAAAAUAAGAAAACUCUCAUCUGAAACCCUACCUGAUGAUAAUGGUAGUUUGAACUUCAGUCCAGCUGUGGCACGCAAAGCAGCAGAACUGGUGGAGUCAUGCAAGUCACCCAAAAAUUUGUUGUACUCUAAUGCUGUAACUUUAAAAAUAUAUGCUGUGAACAGGUUCAAUGGUUCAAUGUUUUGUUUUGUUGGGGUUUUUUUUUAGGUCUUUUUAUACUGUCUUUUUACAGCAUAAGUAAUUUUUUUUAGAGAUGGUUUUGUGUUCUAUUUUUACAAAUAUUUUAAUGGACUUUUGUUUAAUAGUAGUGAAAAUAUUGUUUGCCAAUUUGAAAUGUUCAUCUAUAGAAAUUAGUCCUGAGAAUAAAUCAAUAAAUCAUACUGUCAAAACAGUCAUCCUAAUGCAUUAAACCUAACCAGUCAUUUAACAUAGUUCUGUUGUUGAAUGAUACCGAAGUUUUCCAGCUUCCAAAUCUGUUACUCAAAAAAGAUUUUCACAUUUUAAAAUAAUCAUACAGCACUUUAAUGAAGUUGUAGUAUACCAAGUAAAGUAGUGAUUCAACAGUGUGUAUCAACAAGAAAAUUUAUUAGCUUAGCAAUUAAACAAAUGCAUGCUUGAAAAUGGAAGCAUGGGAUCACGAUGGGGAAAUAAUAUUCCAGUGGGUUAGAUGACGUGAGACUAACCUAAGGCACCAACUUUGCAAAUGUUUUAAAACUAGUUUGCUUGGCUGUUGUAAUUCUUGUUGUAUUGCUUGUGUGUCUAAAAACAUGCAUGUAUUUAACAAUUUUACCAUAGUAUUGCCAUGGAAUUUAAUAAAUAUAUUUUCUUACGCUCUUA